AUGAUCGUCGUCCCCAAGGCCGAGCAAAUAGCUGGAAAUGUCGCCCUUGCAUUCUUCCAGCGGACUUUGGGUAGCGUAUCCCAAGAUGAGUCGCAACCGAGGCGGAUAUUGGCGGCCUUCAUGGCCGUCUCGAGUUUUGGCAAUAUCGUCGUGAUGACCUUCACAGCUGCUCGAGUGAAACAGGAAAUUGCCAAAGAGGGAAUCCUGCCGUGGGCCAAAUUUUUCGGCCAAAGUAAAAAUCUCUCUUUCGGUAGGUUUCUGGCUUGGGCCCAGAAGGAUCAGGAUUCGGUAAUCGCCAGAAAGUUCCACUGGCUAUUGAAACGUUCCUGGAUGGAUCCUAGAGAGCACUCCCAGGAAACACCAUUCGGGGCAUUGUUUCUUCAUUGGUCCUUCACUGUGCUCAUGAUCGUAGUCACCAGCCACCUCAAGCCGACGGAUGCGUAUACCCUUUUAGUCGAUCUGUAUACCUACACAAUUGUCUCCAUCUUUGGAUUCAUCAUCGCUGUUGGGAUGCUGCGACUUAGAUUUAGCAGCACAAAACGUUGGUCAACGAAAUCGCCUUUCAGGCCAGCUUUCAGCAUCCUCAGUGCUUUUGCUUUUGCUCUGGGAAGCUGCUAUCCGAUUGUGGCAUCGUGGGUACCCCCUAGCAGCGCCUAUUUGAGCAAAACACAACUCGCAGUGGCAUGGUUCACCACACCCGUGGUUGCAUGGAGCGUUCUCGGAUUGGGAAUGUUUUGGUAUCAAGCUUUCAAGCUGUAUGCCUGGAGACGAGCGCACAAGGGUGGCGUUGAGUUUCAAGUUCAGAAGGUACCUGAGUUUGACAGGGACCCACCGCCCAAUGGACCGCCAGUCCAGGUGCACGAGACAGUCUUCCUCGCCUGGGUCGCAAAGGAGAACGAAAGCAUGGAUCUAGACAUAGAGGAUAGGAGAUCGAUGGAGAGCUUCUAG